GGAUACCGCUCUUUGUUGUUGCAAGCCUCCUGCCAAGAAAAGUGCUGAAGAUUGUCGAGAUCUAAAGAAGCGAUGGAAGCCAUUAGAGAGAGUGGAAGACAUUCUUGAUAAAUCCGAUUGUGUGUGCUGUCUUUGAUUAUUACAUGGGGCAGGCAGAGUUUCUUUUGCAGUAUUCAUUUCCUUGGGAGAAAGUGGAGAUGGUAUCUGGAAGUUGUCCCCGCUUAUAUACGGAGUGCAUAAACUUCAUCUUAAGCUUCUUAUUGAUUUGCUUGGAUUUGUGCUCAGGGAUCUCAUUAAUUAUUGCCUCAACAUCUUCUACGUAAGUCCAAGUUGUAACCCUUACCACACAAGUCAGCUUCUUAGAGGAGAUAAAGAAGGAACUUGAAGAUCCCAGUACAAGGCCUGUGAGAACAAUGGAUAGAAGUUGGAUACAUGAGCCUAAUAGAUUGAGUGCUAAGUUUUUGAAAGGGCUUUAUAAUUUUAUUCUUUUUGCCAAAGCUUCCGCGAGAGAUGGAAGAUUUGCUUGUCCUUGUCGAAAGUGUGUGAACAUGCAUCGGUUCUCACCAGGUGUUGUUUCUUCUCAUAUACUGGAAAAUGGGUUCUCGCCGGGGUAUACAGAUUGGAUUUUCCACAGAGAUCCAACCUCUCAAACUAGUGAUUCUAGUUAUUCCCACCAAAAUGAUGAUGGACUAAGAGAAGUUGAUGCACAAGAGCAACACGGCGUUCAACAGUUUCUUGAGGAUAUGGCUGUUGGUUCUGAUGAGAUUGAAAAUUCAAGAUCAACCAGGGUAGAAAAUGAUUGGGGUGAUAGCUCCACUAUUGAUGAUGACACCCAACCAACUGAGGCAUAUGAAUAUGCCAAAAGGUUCCAUGAUUUAUUGGAAGAAUCUGACGAGGAACUUUUUAGUGGAUGUCGUAAGCAUAGCAAACUCUCAUUUAUCCUUGAGUUAUACAACAAGAAGUGUAUGUAUGGAUGGAGUGAUAAGUCUUUUGAGGACUUACUGACCACAAUGAGGGAGACGUUGCCUGAAGGGGAAAAACUUCCAGAGUCAUCUUACGAAGUCAGAAAGUUAAUUGAUGCAUUGGGUCUUGAUUACCAAACAAUCGAUGCAUGCCCAAAUGAUUGUAUGCUGUUCUGGAAAGAACAUAUUGAUGAGCCUAGAUGCUUACACUGUAAUGCAUACAGAUACAAGGAAGAGACUGAAAGUUCAUCGACUUCAAAAAGAAACAAGAUUCGAAAGGGAGUGAAAGUACUCCGUUGGUUUCCUCUGAUUCCAAGACUUCAAAGGUUAUUCAUGUGCAAAAAGACGGCUUCUUUAAUGAGGUGGCACUUUGAUGAACGCAGGGACGAUGGGUACUUGAGACACCCUGCGGAUGCUCGUGCAUGGAAAGAUUUUGAUAGUCGAUAUGCUGACUUUGCUAAGGAGCCGCGCAAUGUUCGACUAGGAUUGGCCACUGAUGGGUUUAACCCUUUUAGGUCAUUAAGUAGCACUCAUAGCAGUUGGCCAGUGGUUGUAACUGCCUACAAUCUGCCGCCCUGGUUAUGCAUGAAACAGUCUUCUUUGUUCUUGUGCUUACUCAUUCCUGGACCUAAAUCACCCGGAGCUAAUAUAGACAUCUACUUGGAGCCCUUUAUUGAAGAGUUGAUUCAUUUAUGGGAAAAAGGAGUUGAUACAUAUGAUGCUCACGCGAAGACUACUUUCAAGUUGCAUGCAUCGUUGCUAUGGACUAUAAAUGACUUUCCGGCUUAUAGCAUGUUAUCAGGUUGGAGAACGAAAACAGGCUAUGGAUGUCCAUGCUGUGGCUUCAAUACUUGGUCAAAAUGGUUAAAGCAUGGUAACAAAUAUUGUUUUUUGGGGCAUCGUCGUUUUUUAAGCUAUGAUCAUUCAUGGAGAAGAAAUAAGAAAUGUUUUGAUGGCACAGAAGAGUUGAGAGGACCACCUGUUCGGAUGACCGGAUCUUGCAUUCGUGAUUUAUGGGAUUCUAAUGGAUCAACAAGGGAUCUAAAUGGUACAAACAUAAACAUCACGGAGGGGUGCAAAAAGAAAAGCAUAUUUUUUCGUCUUCCUUAUUGGGAGUACAAUCGAGUUAGACAUAACCUUGAUGUCAUGCACAUUGAAAAGAAUGUAUGUGAUAACAUUUUAGACACAUUGUUAAGUGUUCGAGGGAAAACCAAGGAUAACGUGAAGGCUCGCUUUGAUAUGCAGGAAAUGGGUAUAAGACACACUCUUCACCCAUUUGAGUUGUCUACUGGGAAAUACAGAGCAGCCCCCGCUCUUUUUGAGAUGUCUUCGACAGAGAAAAAACAAAUGCUUCGUGUGCUAAAACAUGUGAAGGUACCUGAUGGUUAUUCUUCCAACAUAUCUCGUUGUGUAGAUGUGAAACACAAGAAGAUAAGUGGUUUGAAAAGUCAUGAUUGUCAUGUAUUACUACAUGAUUUGUUACCGGUAGCAGUGAGGGGAUGUCUGAAAGAUAGAGUAGCUAGAGCCUUAAUUGAUUUGAGUGCUUAUUUUAGAGAACUAAGUUCUAAAGUUCUUAAAGUAAGUCGUCUUGAGGAGAUGGAAGUAGAGAUUGGAGAAAUAUUGGCUCGUAUGGAGAUGAUAUUUCCUCCAUCAUUUUUUACUAUCAUGGUCCACUUGGUCGUACAUCUUGUAGAAGAGGCCAAAUGGAAUGGACCCGUGCAAUAUCGAUGGAUGUAUCCAAUAGAGAGGUACUUGAUGACACUCAAAGCUCAUGUUGGGAACAAGGCUUAUCCUGAAGCCUCAAUUGCUCAAUGGUACAUUGCAAAUGAAGCAAUUACAUUUUGCUCUAGAUACUUUGAAGGAGUCAGAACAAGAUUUAAUAAACCUGCAAGAAAUAGUGAUGACAUGGAUCUGUUGAGAACGGAAGAUUCCCCUGUGAACACUACUUCAGGUCAUCCCAUUGGAAAAGUAGAAAAUAUUAUCCUUAAUCCUACUUCUUGGGUUCAGGCUCACCGAUAUGUGCUAUACAACUCAAAGGAAGUUCUCCCAUACAUAGAAGAGCAUAAGGAUGAGAUUAAAAGGAAACUUUCAAGCAGAAAUCGUAGAAAUAAUGCUUCUCGUCUAAUUGAAAUCGAGAAAGUCCACCAUUCCACCUUUGUUGAUUGGUUCAAAGGACGGUUGGAGUGCAUUGAAUAAUUGGUGCGGAGCCUGUUGGAAGCAACAUAUUAUCCGGGGAAAGCCUGGAUUCAAGCCAUUGGGGGAUGAAGAGGUGUACAGCUUUAGGUCUGAUCAGAAUACGGAAAUACAUGUGUUAUGUCUGCAACAUAGCUACUGCCUCUUCUAAAAGCUUCCUCCUUCAUUGUCAUUUCUAAUUGAAGAUGUGUUGGUUUAAAUGUAUGCAGAUAAUGUGUUGGUCUUGAUUUCUAGUCCACCUGGUUAUGGAAUUGGGCUAUUGGACACAAGGAGGUAUGGUGAAGUAUGCUAAGUGGAGGUGAGGAUUCAGAAAUGCAUACUCCUUGAGCAGAGAAUGUUGUAAAAAAUUGAUUUAUGGAGUUACCACGAUUCACAUGAAUUUUAGAUGAUGAAAUUCAGACAGUCAAUCAUCGAAUUCCACGGGAUUGGCACUGGGUGCAAUCACAGAGGUAAGUCUAGGAUCUGCCUCUCUAUUUGGCAUUCUUUUACUGUCUUCUAUUAUACCCUUUAUUAAUUUUCAUAACUGUCAACUGGGAUAUUUUUAACUUGAUCCAACCUAACUUAGGUGUUUCAACUCAAAUAUAUGUAUCGACUCUGCAAACUUAUUGAUCUGAAGAACAAGUUGCUCCUAGAAAAUCCCAUUAAUUGUUUGGCCUGCAAGCCUUUUUAGUUUAGUAGGCCAAAAUCAUGGUCCAGCCUAUUCCAAGAAAAAUUCCCAACAUGGUUUGAGUGAUGUUGCCUUUCAGUUCCGACGAUUCAAGGUUUGGAACAGGCUUUAGAAUUGAAGUUUUUGCAGCAGUUUCUGCAUGUCCCCCCCCCCCCCCCCUAUUAUAUAUCCAUUUUGCGUGCGUUGCACUUGAAAGAGUUAUAUUGUAUUUUUCCAACAUUUUAAUGUCAAUGGUAUCCGGUCAAAUCCCUUUAGUCCACCACAACUUUUAGGCUACGAUGUUCAACGUUGUUUUGGGUUUUGUUUGCUAUAAUUAAACUUGAUUGCAUAAGAAAUAUCUUACAUCAUAACCAUUGUUUGUCUUCCUACUCUUAAUGCUAUAAAAAACUAAAUAUUCUUUUGGUUUUCCCUGCUGUAAUGAUAUCUAUCUCAGUCAUCUUAGAAUGAGGUUUCUUCUAUUGUGUCAGGUCCAAAGUGUAUGCAAUAAUUGCCUUACAUGUGAUGACCGCCCAUUGCGAACUUCUGGGAUAUCCCCUCUUCAGUUUGAAUCCUUGGAAGCAAUUUAUUUCUCGGAGGCUUGGACGCUAUUUCCUGUUUGGUUUUAUAAGAGAGAUAGACAGGAAUCUGCGAAAAUGAUGUUCAGUGUACCUCUGUAUCAAGAUUCUUGCACUGACGAAGGAAGGGUAUCAUGUUCUUAGUUGCAAUGAGAAUUGGGGCUAUCUUGCUUUGGCCCGAAGGAGUCGUGGACCUCAGUCAAGGUGAAAGACCUGCACCAUAAAAGAAGUCUCCCCGCCAUCCUGAGUGCUUAAGAACUGAUCGAGUGUCUUUUUGGGAAGUGGAGCCAAUUGUUGCAGCUGCUCCUUCAAAUACUCGGCCUACAAAUUGGACCAACAAGCGGUCACGACCAUCAUAUUUGCCUUCAUUGACUCCCGACCUUAAGGCCCUUGUUACUACCAAAUCAUCGAUUUCUUGGCCUAAACAAUUGGAGGGUGUAGUCGAGUCCAUUUCCCCAGUCGUUAAGAUAAUUUCUAGUGACCGGAAACAUGGCUCGGAGAAUGGCUUCAAGUUGUUUGGCAUUCAACUUGUAAUAGCUUCAAUAGGGGAGGAAAGUUCUCCAUGUUCAGGCUUUUCAGACCCAUAAAGAAGGUAAGGGCCUGCACAAAGGUUCAAGGAAGUUGAGAUGGUGGUAGAGUAGCAGUCUCGUUCUCUCUUUUGUUGGAUCAAGGAUGCAAGUAACGACCACAUCUUGUCUCUCUUUGUUGGUCAAGACUUUUGUUGGGCAUUUGAGGGUGUAACUAAAAUGAAGUAAAUGAAUGACCUGUAAUCUUUUGUAAUCUCGUAGCAGGCGCCAUGACAUUACGCAUGAUGACAGGUUCCUACUUUGGCAUUUGUAUUAAUGCUUGUUAGAAAUUGAAUCAUGAUGAUAAUCACCUAGGUAUUGGGCAAAAAUUUGCACUUGUGUUGUAACUUGUGGUAAAUCCAAUCUCUGCAGAAGAAUUUUCUUUGAGAGCAAAAGAGACUUGAAGAGAAAAUUUAUACUUGGCAGCAGUUGUUUCAAGUUAAG